UUUCCUUGAGAUGAAAAAGUAACCUCCCCCUCCACUCUCUUCUUCGGGUUCUUUCUUCCACUAUCUGUUAUCUCAAAUCUGUAUCAAGUAAACUACUUUUGGAUGUCUCUACAUAGAGAAGAUGAACCUGCAGGUGUCACUGAUUUUCGGUUUGAUUGUACUUUCCUGGUAAGAAUUUUUUUUGGUUGUCUGUUUGAUUUCCUGAUACUGAAAACGUAUAAUUAAAAUUAUUUCAAUUGGUUUCAAAAUUGUAAUCGGUGAUCUUGCAGAUUCGAUAAACCCAUAUGGUGAAGGUGCUGCGUCUCAUCUCUUCCUCUUACUAUAGGAUUUUGAGUUGAUUUCUUCAUUUGGGACCUUAGUUGUAACCCCUAAUUAACUCAUCUAUCAAACUCAAACCCCUAAUUUUAUAUUCAUUUUCAAGUUAUUAAGCUCUUAGAUUUAGUACUGUAUUUAGUUUGUCAAAACUUUGUAGGUGUAUUUGCUAUUGCAGAGAAAUCAAAGAUGGGAGAUAAAGGGUGGGACUUCGAUAUGUCUCUUGUGAGAUAGAACCCAAUGGGUCUGAGAUCAAACAGGGCAACAAGCUGGGCACCAGGAAGCAAUAACAAUGGGAAAAGACUUGUGAAUAUGCAUUUGAAAAUAACUUGGGCGACACUAUUGGAGAUUGUCGCUAUUAACUGCAAUUAUAAAAUUGUCAAAUUUCCUGUAAUGUCUCGGAUUCCAACUUAUCCUGAUUGGAGCAUCACCAGACAAACAAGCCAUGUAAAUUUUGAUGCAAACAAAAUGCAGGUAUCAUUUCCGCGGUUCAAGAAACAAAGAAAAGAUGUCAAACAAUUGUAUAAGAGAUUCGCUCAGUGCUGGACUGUUAAGUCUAGUUAGCAACAAUGUACCUGAAGCACUCAAUUGUAAAGACUUCCACAAAUACCUUGCCUGGAAAUUCGCAGACGUAACAGAACUUCAUGAUAUUCCAUCAAUUGUCGCAUCAAAUUUAGCCUAGUCACGUCAACAUAUUUCAUCAAGCAAAUCAAGCAAAUUUAGUUCUCAAAUUGAGGAUGAUGAUUACAGUGUCCAGUCAAAGAUAUUAUGAUUCUUCUCAAUGUAAAAUUCAGCUACACGGACAGUAUCCCAGCUCUAAAUACCUUAUGGCGGAGGAGGAACUGCGUUGUUGGUAUACGUAAAACAUUAACUUCUCUUACCGGCUUUCUUUGUAUCUUUUUUUUUUUUGUAAACUUAGAAACUUUAAUAGAUGCUUAUUGUAAUAAGUAAGAGGAUAAUUUUAAAUAUAUUUAAUAUGAAUAAAAUGUUAUGUGAAUGGAUGGUUUUCGGGUCAAA